UGUAAGUCCGAUCUGAAUGUCGUGUCCAAUAAGGCAGAAGGCCGUGUCCAAACAAUGUCUGCAGUUACCUCUAUCUCUACUCUGAUAAAGAAGAAGAAGAAGAAGAAGAAGAAAGCUAGGCGCUUUCUGCACUUACCUGGCGAUGCUGAACUUGCAGGUACCGCGGAGCCAGCUAUGGCGCUGGUGCAGGAGGACAUCCACAACCUUGACGAUGUGGUUCACACUCACAACCAGGCGUUUGAUCAAGUCAACAACCGCCUCCAGCAGCUGGAGCAACGACCCGUCGCCGCCCCCGAUGCCAGCUCCUCCAACACCUCCGAUCGCCUCAAUGCAUUGGAGAUCGACGUCGGAACCCUCAAGGACGACGCGCAGCUACAGCAAACCGUCACGCAACAACUGGAGCAGCGGAUCUUUGCUGCCGCCACCAAACCGAGUUCGGCACCGCGCGAGACGACUCCAAAGUUCGAUGGUCAGGAUAACUUCUGCGAUUCGACGAAGACGGACCCGAUUCCAUGGCAAGGGCAAGUCGGGAAACUGAGCACCGCUGGGAGUGAAUCGACGACACUCUCGACGCCUUCGGAACCGGUCGCUUCGCGGGUGACCACCCUUCGUUCCGAGGCAUAUGCGGAAGUCGAUAGUCCUCCUCUUCUAUAUUCUUAUGAGGAUUAUGCUGCCCGGCUCGUUCCUACGCUGGGUACUCAUGCUCAAGGACAAGACGUGUGUGCGGCAUCUUUCCCGUCCGACAGUGGCAACUUAUCGUCUUCAAGUGGUUCUUCACGGGAUUCGGCGUGCGAGUUCAACAUAGAGGUAUUGGACCCGCUCACGUCCGAGGAUUUCGCAUGGCUUCCUCUCUCGACCACGGACCGUUUGCCGGGACUGCGAUACGCAACAUUAUGCGCUCAUCUUCACACAUAUCUAUCCUUCUAUGCACCACCAACUUCGCCGACGGAGGAUAAAGUCGCGGUGGGGGACAUCCUUGCGUAUGUUACCAAGGUGGCCCGCGAGUUUCGCAAGCAGCGGUAUGAUGACAACAACGCACCGCUCCUCUAUGUCCGCAUCCAAGUUGGGCAAGCGCCCUGCAACGCUUUGCUGGAUAGCGGAGCGACUCGCAAUUUCAUAAGCCAAACCUUUAUGCAAAGGGUUGGCCUUGGCACACAAGUUUGGAGGAAGGCAAACCCGACGACGAUCAAGUUGGCGGACGGAAGGACACAUUGCCAACAACUUAUCGACCGUUACAUCGAGGCCGUACCGGUGUAUUUCGCACCUCAUGCAUGUGAACCGGUGACGUUCGACAUUUUGGACACGGACUUCGAUAUCAUUUCGGGAAUGUCUUGGCUUGCAAGUGCGUAUCACACGGUCAACUUCCACCAGCGGACUCUUACCGUUCGGGACGCCUUCGGCGUCGAAGUGCCGUGUACUAUUCCUCUUCCGCACCCUUCGAUCCAGUGCCAAGUGGUGACGACCAAGUCAUUCCGGGCUACUUGCGCUUACGAGCAGCCCGACGAGAUAGGCCUAUGCUUCCUACGGACCGUCGCGGUAGCCGAUUCUUCCCCCACGAACUUGUCCUUGGACCCCCUUGUGGUGCGGUUGCUUGACGAGUUCACCGACAUCUUCGAGUCACCUACCGGUGUGGUGCCGGAUCAGCCGAUCUCUCACGAGAUCAUUCUUGAGGCCGGUGCCGUGCUGCCGAAAGGCUGCAUUUACCGCAUGAAUGAGGAGGAGCUUACGGUCCUCCGCACGCAAUUCGAUGACUUGUUGGACAAGGGCUGGAUCCGCCCUAGUCCGGGAGGAACACGACCAGGCAGGAAAGCUGAGAAAGAAAAGCCUCGAGUAGAGCCUGGAGGAAAUUUUCAACAACCUGCUUUACCUACAGUUGGAACAAACUGGGGACGGAGCAGCAGCGCUUUCCAACAAACUGGUCGCCGUGAAGGGGAUUUCAGGAAACCAGAUAAUGGCCCGAAUGCUUAUGCCAACCGAUGUGUUCCCUCUUUGGCGGGAAUGGAAAAGGAUGGUCCCUGGAAUACAGCUGAAAGAGGUGGUAACAGAAAUGAUCACAAAGAUGGGCCGGAUGUUUUCCACCAGGUGCGAACGGAAAGCCACGGUCCUUGGAAUAAGGCUGAACGAGGUGAUAAUGACAAUGGUCACAUGAAUACACGGGAUGGUUUCUGGCACAACCGCAAAUCUGCUGGCUUUGGUGGCGUCCAAGAAGAAGCACAUCACAGACACAACUUUGACGAGCAAGCAAAUUUGCGAGGUCCUUAUACCAACCAAUACGCGCCUUUUUCACUGUCCACGCAAAGCAAUGGUACUCCGGUGACAGGUGGCACUGAAAAUAGUGCCAAUUGCCGAAAGGACGGAGAAGGGAGGUCUUCUGCUCUUUGUGGAGCUCAAGAAGCACAGCAUCAUGGGCAUGUGCAGAUUCCAAUUUUUCAUUCUCGCGAGCCUGUGCGGUUUUCCUCACCAACUGAACUUCCUGAUCGUUGGAAAACAAAUGGCACAAGUGGUGCAAAGGGUGGUGGACCAAGUGGUGGAGCGACCACUGCUCCUUGGAGUGCAAUUGGAACAGCUGGUGGAACAAGUGAUGGAACAAAUUUUGGACCAAGUUGUGGACCAAGUCAUGGAACAACUGGUGGACCACGUGAUGGAACAAUCGGUGGACCAAGUGGUGGAGUGACCACUGCUCCUUGGGGUGCAAUUGGAACAGCUGGUGGAACAAGUGAUGGAACAAAUGUUGGACCAAGUUGUGCACCAAGUCAUGGAACAACUGGUGGACCACGUGAUGGAACAAUCGCUGGACCAAGUUAUGGAACAAGUGGUGGACCAAGUUAUGGAACGAGUGGUGAACUAUGUGAAGUAGCAAGUAGUGGAACUGCUCAUGGAACUACUCGUGGAGCAACCCCUGGUCCUUGGAAUACAAGUGCAACGGUUGGUGGAACAAGUGUUGGACCAAGUGGUGGAACGGGUGGUGGAACAAGUGGUGGAACAAGUGGUGGACUAACUGGUGGAGUUAUUGGCACUGAUCAUUGUCAGAACGAUGCAAGUCCUCGGCAGGACAGUACCGGGCAGUUUGGGGCUCACUGUGAAAAUGGGGGGAAGGGGGAUUGCCAACAGGAGAGUGUUUGUCGGAGUUCAACAGGUGUCGAUGACAUAGACACUGUAGGAGAUGUGAGCUGCAAGGACAAUCCUUGUUGGGAUUCAAUGGGAGGUGACGGAGUAGAACUCACUGGAGGACCGAGUCAAGAGGAGAAGGCUCACUUGAACUCAACACGUGUCAAUGUAGUAGACAGACACAGCCCUGAGAUGAUGGCCAUGGAAGUGAAUUGUCGUCCUGCUGUUGCUAGAGUCGUACGGCACUUUCCUGAAGGUAACAAACCUCAGAAGGGAGAUGAAUGUCAUUCAGGGGUAUCUAGUGCUUUGACAUCAGGGCCUCAGCAGUCAGGCCACGAAAGCCAAUUUUCUGCCACUAGGAGGCAAUCCAGGGCUUUUGGCACUACCAGCCGGAUGGAGCCUUCUUUCUCGAAGAUGCACACAAAUCGCGAUUCUGGAGGUGAAAAUGGAACAAGCAGUGGCUGCAGAAACGUUUUCAUUCUACGCCAGUUGGAGAAUAUGGAAGUCCCAAGUGCCACAGAUGGAACAAUGCAGUCCCGUCAGCCCACUCACAACGACAUGCAAUGUGAAUUUCGCACUAACACUGGGCAGUCAGAGGCACCCAGUGCCAGUGGCUGGAAGGGGAUCGUAACAGAGGAGCAGAUGCAUUCAGAGAUGAAGAGUGAUCAUGCAAUGAGCACCAUUCGCAGAACCGGGUCCACUUUGAAGUUAGCACCAGGGAUCAAUGAGUCCACUUCCAACUGUGUCCAGCAAGCACCUGGAUGGGAAAGUGAAAGUGAGUUGUCUAUGGUUGUCGCACAAUCCAAAUCCUUCAGUGAGAGGCCAAGGGAGGGGAAUGCAUCACAUGAACAGGUCCAGUGCCACCUGCUGGGUGAGAAUGCAGGAAGCAAUAGCCGGAAGGCUGGUUGCAUUCAAUCAUCGCAGUUCAAUGUAUUUGCCAGUAACCUCUGUAAGGAUGCUGAAUCUACAAACACUGUAGAUGGAUUAUCAGGGCAACAACACAGCGUCAAAACUCAACUUUCUGUGACCACAGGGCAAUCUAUGGCCUCCCAUGGAAACAGAGUGGCAGCGAACUUCUCAAAGGAGAACAUGCAACUGCAUUAUGCGAGCAAAGAGGGAACAUGCAAUACGCAUGGUAUUGACUGUACCACACCAUCGCAGGCAGCCUUGUUCCCCAGUUGUAAACACCAAAAGGCAGCUACCAGCACUGCGCAGGCAACACAGCUUGCUAUUCAAUCAUUGCUCUGCAAUGAGGACCAGGGAAAGUGCAACAACAUGGGUGAAAGUAGCACAGUUUACUAUCCUCCGGGGACUGAAGCAAUGGUGUAUUCAUGUGAAAGACGGACUCUUGAUGAAUAUCGUUUACCGACACAUGGUAGGGUGAGAACAGAUCUCCAGCGUUCAAGCCAUCAAAGCCGAUGUGCAGGUGGCACCGGGCAAUCAGAGACCGCCGUUUCUGAAAGUUCAAGACCCAUAUGCUCGAACGAAUCAGCAAACCAGCUUCCCAGUUGCAUUUCAAGGUCACAAAUACAUGGAGACAUUCCAAGGGGUCUUUGGCAAUCAAGAUUUCCACCUGCUAGUGGGCAGAGGCCCGACAAUAGUGGAUUGGCACAUAAAUAUCCAGAAAGUGGCUGUCAUCCCACUGAAACCACCAUUACAAUGGUGAAUGGGAGUGCAGAGCACAGGAGUCCUAAUAUGCCAACCAAGCAGAAUUUCAGUGAUGUUCAUCCAUUCAGGGGAAACUGGGUUGCCAACCCCGAAGUCGACCCUUGGACACCGACGAGAAGUUCAACAUGCAAUCAGAUGGUAUGUGAAUCUCGGAGGCCACAGCAUGGCCCCUCUGUGAUAGAAAUGGAGGAAAACCAACAGCCAAUAGCUUGCAGCAGUUUCACAUCGGAAGGACAACUACCUGUAGCUGGCUGGAAGACACCUCUUUGUGAAAAAGCAGAGCUGACUGGUCACAAGAGUUGGACUGGAAAGGCUCCUCCUCGCAACAGACAUCAUAUGACAGAAGGGUGUGUUGCUGGUCAUUUGAAUAUCAGCCAUACUCGAGGAGGAGAUAAAAGAGAGCUUGGUGAUGAGGAGGGCUCCUCUCCUUGUCAAGCAUUCGAGCUAUGCAAUCACAAUAUGUGGGCCAAAAAGGACCUUCAGAAUCAACCAUCUCAAUUGGGAAGGAACGAUGCAGAUGAGCUGAGUGGUAGUGAUGCUCCUGCCCCAGACGCAAGGCGACUUUGUCUCUGGAAAAGAUCUCCUUCCGGGAUUGGAGGGACGCGGGAUCCUAAGGAUAGCCAUGGUUGCCGUGGCAGUAUGCAUGCUGACCAAAAGGAAAGCAAGAAUGUUCAUGGGGUGGAGGAAAACGGAUCCCAUGCUCAGACUGGAUGUCGUUAUAGGGCUGAGAAAUAUCGAUCUACGAGGGAAGAAGUCAAGCUUCCUGGUGAAUGGAACAUGAGCAGCACUUAUGCAUCUGAGGAAAGACAACUCAGUGUCCAGGAAGGAUCGCUACAUAGAGUGGCAGAGACAUGUAAUAACGAACCAUGGGCCACUGGGAAUCCCCGGUGGCGCAUGGGAUUGGGGGAAGGGCGAUUGGCUGACCAGCCAGACACGUACAUUCAUCCCAUGGGAGAAAGCAGAUAUCAUGAGUGGAGGCGCGCUCCCUCAAGAACAGACAGCUCAAUCAAUUGCAACAUCGCAGGUGUGCAGAGCCCUGCCAAUGACAGGUCACGAGGGCUAGGAAACUGUGCCAGACAGCUAACGAUCAAUAGGAAUAGCAUUCAUACUCCAGAGAGACAGCGGACGCUUGGCCAAAAGACUGCUCCUUUUAGAUAUGUCGAGCAUUUCGAUGGCAGGCAGGGCAUGCCGGAUUCAAUGAAUACAAAUCGUCCCCUGCCUGUGGAGGGAUGGAGCCUACUUGAGGACCUCCUCAGGGACAGUCUUUCUUCGGCAGAGGAAAGACAGCUUGGCAAUGUCGAAGUCACUGCUGGUAGGGCUGCUGAGGCUGGCACUCAUACAGGGGCUCUUUGGGAUAACAGGUCCCAAAGGGGAAGGGACCUCAUGGACAGGCCAACUGACAAGUGUAGUGGAUUCUAUUCAUCAGAGGAAAACAGAGUCGCUAACGGCAGACCCAAGCAAAAUACAGUCCCUACUGGUGGAGCUGUGGAGCCUGGCACCCACGUGGCCAUUCCUUGGGAUUGUAUGUCACAAAGAGAAAGGCGAACCAUGGACCGCCGACCAACCCGCAGGUGUGCUGCAGGAGUCGGCUCGUCACAGGAAAACAGACUUGGCCACUCAAGAACAUCAUUUUGCAAAAUGGAAGAGACAUGUGACAACGAGAUGCAAGGUGUGCCGAGUGAUUAUUUACCACCGAAAGGAAGUCGGGAUAACUUUGAAAAGUCUGCAAGGAAUCAGGAUAUUGAGAUGGUGGCUUUGCUGGCAUCUCCAAGUGAUAAAAUAGCUAGAGGUCAAUGUCAGCCGAUUUUCGAUAACCAGGCCAACGAUUGGGAUACAGAUUGUGACAAAGUCGAGAGGGUCCAAAAGCCUAUCAUUACUCCUGCUGGCCAAGGCCUUGGCUUUAAGUUUACGCAGGGGGAAGAGGACAACCCAGCAGGAAGCCCCGAACUGGGUUUUGAAAACCUGAUUGAGGAAUGGAACGGGAAUGCGGAUUGGGAAAUUGACUGUAGUAAGGGGGAUAGCGUGCAUAUGACGAUUCCUGCUGAUCUUGGCGUCGGACAUCUGGCAAAGAAGCAGUACCAUGCAGCAGCAACUCCUUUGGACUCCGGAGGAAGUCAUCUCACUCAAAACCGAGCGCAUCGGGCCUUUGCGCAUCCGUUUGAAGAGUGGGAUAUGGAGUGGGGUACAUCAAACAAGAGAAGAGACGAAAUUUGGAUGCCUUCAGGUCAGCUCGAAUUUGGAUGUCCUCCAUGCAAGCAGGACAACCCGGCAGCGCUUCCUGCAGCGUCAGAAAGUGUUGAGUUGACUCAAUCCCAAGCCAGAUGGGAAUUGGAAAACAACUCCAUCAAGGAUUUGGACUGGAAUCACCUUGUGGAUACAGCCCGUGGACAUCGGAGUGACACUGUGUUGAACACUGCAUUCCGAAAGCUUUGGCAGUCCAACACUUCGCCGGUUGGCAAAGAUAAUUUUCACCCUCCUACCAAGACUACCAAUACUACCAGGAGUCACAGAGGGAGCAGUCAGUUGUUGCCAGCGACAGGGCGAGCCAAGAGUCAAGGUAAUAGCCGCGUGUCAUUGCUAUCACGAAAGCACAGUGCACUGCAAACAUGGCCCUCAGAGCUCAGCAGGCAAGGGAAACCAGAUAUUGGUGGGUUUUGCUUUUAUCGCUCCAAAAGACCUGCUGCCGGGAACCAUGAAUUGAGAAAGUCCAAGAAGAGAGCUCAACAUUCGACGGACAGCGAAAAUGCCCAUGAUAACAUCUCAGCAGUGAGCGGCCCGACUGCAAGCAUGGCCAGCUGCAGUUUAUCAGACGAUGAGGAACGAGACGUUAGAAUGAGUGUCUGGGCAGGCGGGCCAGCUUUUGUCAGAUCGAGGUCUGACUGCAGCGGAUCAUCAUCCACCACCUCUUCUUCAGUGUUUCCUUCCAGCACAUCACUGAAAAGGAAAUGCACAGAACUUCACAACACUCCCAGCGAAGACAAUUGCGCCGAGCCGCUAUCAGCUAGGGGAUUUUCUGCGACAUCGCUACCUUCUGCCAGAGGGGACUACAUAGACUUAACACAACAGGAUAUGGAUUCAGUGCAAGAUUACGAGGAGCUGCCAAGAGUUAUGGGAUCCCCUGCGGAUUCAUCAUCUUCUGCAAAGAGGAAACGACACACGGAAAAUAAUGCAAAUCCUGACGAGGAUUGUGGACGGCUGCAAGGAGUUUCCAGCUUCGCCGCCAGGGGAGGUAGUCAGCCCACGCAGCAACGAAUCAUCAAGCAGGAGAUUGUCGCAAUCGAAGGAGAGGAUGAUGAUGGAAGUGAUCACUUUGAAAGAGUUGCUGACUGGUGCGAUUAUCAUCGACACGAAGAUCUGGAAGACCAAAGGAUGCAGAACAUGGGUGCUCCACAGAUUCAAGGGUAUGGGAAUGGGGUCGGUGGAGGGAAUCAACCGGGUGUCGUGUCGUGCUAUAUAUGUGGGAAGGUCGGCCAUUACGCCCGGAACUGGUGGGCUGCCGGGAGUGGGAGGCAACCGGUUCAGCAGCAGCCCAUCCAACCGAUGGCAGCGGUGGAUGACGAAACCAAGGAGAUGCGGGAGUACUUUCGAGAGAAGAUUAGGAAGAGGAAACUUGACGAGGAGAGAAGGGAGAGGGAAGAAGAGGAGAGGCGACGGAAGGAGGAGGAGAAUAGAAGAGAACAGGAGAGGCUGAGGGAGGCGGACGCAAGAGAAGCCCGCUUGGAGGCUAAACUGGGGAGGCAAGGUGUGCUUCAUAUCACAGUGACAAAAGGAACGAUUUGGAGUGAUAGUUGGAGGGUGGUACGGGGGAAAGUGGGAGAGAGUACGGUGAUGGUGGGAGGGGUGGAGAAACCCAUUAGGGAGUGUAAACGGAUUAUGGAAGGAGGAGGAAGGUUUCAGGUGGGGAAGGUGGCGGCUGAUAUCAUACGAGGAGCAAUGCCGGAUCAGGACAUUGCCAGAUUCGUGGCAGCAAGGGUGAGGGUCGUGGUAAGGAAGAGGUUGACUGUCGGCAUGAUUAUCCAUAAUCACUUGAAGUACGCUGACGGGGGGGAUGCACGUAAAGGAGCCACGUUAUUAGUAUGUCCGGUCUUGUACCUCCGCGCAUGCAAGGAGACCUUCAAUUGGAAUCGAAGUUUUCAGGUGAUCAAUGAGACGGAAGCUCAGGUGCUGGGGGGGAUGAAGAUGGAAUACGAGCGCUUGAGUCUAAAGGGGGUGGCGAGGUGGCAAACGGGAGGGAGGAUCGGACGAGCAUAUGUCUUACCCAAGGACAAGGAUUUGGACCGGUGGAGGCCGAUUUCGCCAGGUACCAACGAUCCUGCGAGGCUCGCCGGAGCCCGGGUAGGGAGGGCGAUUAGGUACAUGUUGUUUGGCGUUCGGAGGACCGAGCAUUUUGACCUUAGAUCGACGGACGAGUUGAAGGAAAGGUGUGAAGCGUUUCAGCGGGAGAUGGGGAAGGGAGGAGAUGGUGUUCUCGCCAGGAGUUACGACAUUAAAGAUAUGUUCGCUAAAUUGUCGCAUCAAAGGGUUAUGGAGGCAGUGGAAUGGCUGAUAAUGUAUCAUGAGAAGAGAGGAAUGAAGGGUGCGAGGGUCAGUCAAAGGGGGAAGUUGUGCGCAAUGAGGACCCUGAGGAAGGUCGAGGGUUUGGUCACUCUCGGGUUCGACGACAUUAGGAAGGAGGUGGAUUUUGAGUUGACGUAUAUCUAUGUCGGGUGUACCCGUGUGGUGCUGAGGCAAAUUUUCAGGAUUCCUAUGGGGAGGAAUUCCAGCCCAGCUCUGGCGUGCUUGGUAUGUGCGAGGUCUGAGGCGACCUUUAUGCGCCAGGUGACCAGAUCGGGGAUGAUGGUAAGGGGGAUGAGGAUGAUUGAUGAUGUGGCAGUGAUGGUCGGGUUUAGGACGAACCACAUGGAUACAAUGGUGAAGGCUGCAACGAUACUCGACGAAUUUGAGAAGUGUUAUGAUGAGGAUUUGAAGCUUGUCCGAAAGGAUGGAGGGGGAAAUGUUUUUGAUUUCAUAGGGGUUUGUAUUUUUAUCCUGAUGAUGCCUAUUAGGAUUGAAAUACAUCCCAGGACUAGGAACCAGCAGAGUCUGUGCAAGGAAGGAAGAUUGAGGAUUCAGUCGUUACAGGACUUCGCUUCUUUCACGAGGAAAGCGUCUAAGAAAGCCACCGUCUUUGCUGCCCUGGUUCGGAUGCACCGGAUAUUGACUUCGGAAGAAGCGAUGAAAGCUGCGAUUGUGGCCUUGAUGUUGGAGACACGCCUUCGGGGGUAUCCCCCGAAGAUCUCUCUCGGGGCCCUGGCGAGGGCUACGGAAAUGAACGGAUGCAGUGAGAGCCCACACUUCGAGGCCAAUGGAAGUGGUCAAUGCCAAGUUGAGCUUGAAGGCCUUGGGAUUUCUGGGAUGGAAGUUGGAAAAUUCAGUCGUGUUCUUGAUGAAAGCCAGGGAAGAGAAGUCUUGGAGUGCGAAACGAGUAUAAUGGAGAAAAAAGUGCAGGCUGGAGAAGAGCACUUGAUUCUGGACACCUCGGCGACCUCGUCAAUGUCACCAUCACCCCGGUUGGAUAUAAUGGUUCUAGAAUUGGGAAGUGAAGACGCCACGAUCUCUGUGGUUGAGGUUGGUAAGGGCAUGCGGGUUGUCGAUGAGAGCCAACUCAGCGAAGGAAGAGAAGUCUCAGGUCUCGAUGAAAGCCAAGGAAGACAGGUCUUAGAAGAUGAAGCAAGUGUGGAGAGGGUUAUGGAUGAAGGAGCGAAGAUAAUGGAUGUGUCGUCAUUGCCGCAGAUGCAGGUAAUGGGUUCGAACUCAACAGGCCAAUCAUGCAAGGUGAGUUCAGCCAUUGAGGCUCGUAAAGCCACUCAACCUGUUAAUGAAAGCCGAAGGGAAGUGAAGGAUCAAAGUGCCGCCAAGGCUGUGACUGAGGAAGAGGAGGAACAGGUUGUGGACAAGGCCAUGGUUGAAGAAGAGAAGAUAAUGGAUGUGUCGUCAUUGCAGCAGCUGAAGGUAAUGAGUUCGAACUCGACAAGCCAACGCAAGGUGAGUUCAGCCAUUGAGGUUUGUAAGGCCACUCAACCUGUUAGUGAAAGCCGAAUGGAAGUGAAGGAUCGAAGUGUCGUGAAGGCUGUGACUGAGGAAGAAGAGGAACAGGUUGUAGUGAAGGCCAUGGUUGAAGAAGAGAACAUCAUUGUGGAUAUGUCGUCAUUGCCGCAGAUGGAGGUGCUAAUGGGCUCGAACUCAACAAGCCAAGGGAUGGUGAGUUCAGUCAUGAUUGGCUUUAGUAGCGCUGUUAAUGAAAGCCGAGUAGAAGAGAAGGAACAGAGUGUCGUGAAGGCUAUGGCUGACGAAGACAAGGCGCUAGACGACUCUUCCACUCUUCUGGAUAUAGAAUUGGAUUACGGCGCAGACGAUCCUCACAAGGACAGCAUAAGAGAUGCCUGCUCUUUUUUCAAAUUCCUGCAAUGAUCCUGAUGGGUUUUACCUUUCACGGACACACGAUGACACGCUAUGGAGUCUGACAGUGGCUGUGUGCUGAAGGACAUGGCAUGAGUAGAUAAGGAGUCGUCGGAGACAGACGCAGCAAUGUUCUGAUGCUACCUCCUGUCAUUAUAUCUGUACUUGGGCAAGCUUUCAGUCAAGAUGCAGCGAUAUUGACCGGGUGACGGGGCUCAGCGUUCUGUUCCGGUGAAGACUGUAGGGAAUGGCCAUAUGGAACAGGAGAUGUGUGGAAAAAAAAAACAAAAAAAACACCGACAU